CAUCAAUAUUAUUUUAUUAUAAACAAUGGCUGCUCACGAUUGGGUGUGAAGCUUUGUCUAGAAGAGUAACAUCAGGGCAAGCAAAAAAAUGGCUGCCCAAACCGAUAAGGGGGCUGUCGAUGGGAGGGUAUCGAGAUGCGAUCCCGAUGAAACCCCAACCCCCACCCCCGUGAUAACCAACCAUUGUAUUAAGCAGCCCAUCAGAAAAAUAAAGCCCAUCCCGCCUCCACUAGAUUUAAGCAAAAGGGGACCACUUGAUUUAACCAGCUCAGAAAGUGUUAGUGAAUGUGCCAGCUUUUCUGCCAGCCCGAGAAGCCCUGCCAGCUCAAAUCAAAAGCACUUGCCAUUUCGCAAAAGAGCAUUUAGUUGGACUACAUUUCAUGAUGAAGCUGGUUGCAAUUCUCUUAGUCCUGGUCCAUCAUCAGCGAUUAUGCAGAGAAGCACAUAUUAUGGGUUCAUACCCACUAGCCCACAUAUAAGCCGAUUGUCUGUCAUUAAACAAGAAUCAAUCGAUCAGCCUGAUGUAUUUGGUGACUACUUGAGCUCAAAUGUGGAAGGAAAAGAAGACCAAGAAAGUGUAGCAAUUGGAAAAUCUUCCAAAGGAAAACCUUGUGUAUAUUCUGAAGCAAAGAAAGUGAUUAAUUAUCCUGCUCCCCAAAGUCCUGCCUUUCCCACUCCUGCCACACCCAGCCCACUAUCUCCUAUGAACUUCCCUCCCACGUCAACUUUUUUCCCACCACAUUUUCAUCCAAAACUUUCUUCAUACUCCUGGUCAGGAACAUUGCUCAGUCCCGCCCCUUCUUUGCACAGCAGCAGUCAAGAAGAAUUAGCCCAGUGUCGUCCUUGGAAACUGGAGGAAAAUGAAAUGGAGGAAGAAACAUCUGAUAAUGUUGCUGCCAGCAGAGAGGAAUCGGAUACAUUUCAUGGAGGAACCGUUUCACGAGAGGACUACGUACACAGCGAGCCUCAACCAGGAACGUCCGAGCUAUGCGAACGCCUGCAGCGGUUCGACUUCGUCAUGCCACCGGCAGUAUCCAAGAGUAAUGAAAAACGUUAUCAGGUCACUAGUGAGGAGGCGGCCACUAGUUUGGCCCCUUCGCCUGCCAAACGCCCAAUGAAUGGAUUCAUGCUUUUCGCUCAAAAAUAUCGCCUCCAGCUCAUCCAACAGUUCCCAGGACGUGAUAAUAGGGCCAUCAGUGUAAUGCUUGGCGAUGCUUGGAAGCGUUUAAAUCCGGGAGAGAAAGAAGUUUAUACUGCAGAGGCACAUUUGAGAGCGGAAGAAUAUCGUCGAUUGUUUCCCGAUUGCUGGAAGCGUAAGCGUUCCAAAUCCACAAGCUAGGCAAUGUUUCUUUUAUCAUCUUUAUACUUCAUUUUCACUGUUUCGAAUUGUGGGUUGUGGGAUCAGAUUUCGGCGAGGUGAUCAUUUCGCAGGUUUUUGCUUCUGGUUCAGCUCUUACGCGGACUUAAAAUGCAGACAUUUUAGUUUUGAUCAGUCGCGACUACGGAAAUUUUAAGAAAAAAACUUUCCUUUCUGUUGAAUGGCUUUGAUGUUGCAUGUAUAUAUUUGGUAAACAAAAAAUUAAGAAAAAAGGGAAUUCAGAAGCUAGGACGUCCCGUUGGAAUCAACUGCAGCUUAGCUCGCAGAUCAGGCAUUUCGAGAUUGUUGGCUUUGUUAAGUUUAAACAGUUGGAACCGUAAGAACCUUUCGUAGGUUAUGGGAACUUUUUUGAGGAGGAAGGGGGAGAGAGGACAAGGAACUGUGCUAGACGGGUGAUGUCUGCAAGAUCACAAAAACAGGUUUUUUUUUUUUUGGCGAUUCCUGUCAUUGAGGCUAAUCAGAAGCUUGCUUGUUCGAUGUCGUAUUUCCCCUUUUUUAAAAAUCCGGAUAAAGAAAAAAAUAUUUAUUUGAUGAAGAGCCAGAAGGCGUUAUGUCUAUUGGUAUGUCUAUUCGGCGACGUCGUUAAUCCGCGACAAUCAAUCAGGAUGUGUUACUUUUCUCACCAAAUUGUGAUAGAAGAGCACAAUUGGUUUUCAACGUGAAUUCUUCUCAAAUUCGUA